GCGGAGAAGGUCAACAAGUAUAAUUUGGAUUGCUAAUUACUGAGCAUCACGUAUAAGUAGAACUGGUUGUUUGAAUUAAAAAGCUUUGAUGAAAAUAUCGGUAAACUGAGAUAGUGUAGCUUCUAACUUGUCAGUGAAAAUUGUGUAACUAGUCGAGUAUAAUAAUUAUCCAGGAUGGUGAAGCGAUCAGAUCGAUCUCGGAGUGUUCCGCCUCUGAUUCUCACCUUGUCAUUGGUUCUAGUCUUCAUCCAAGUAAUAAUGGCGAUGCCAGAUGUCACUUCCCAAAACCAACUGAGAGAAGUUGCUGCGGCAACUAAUCAUUUCGCACUUGAUUUGCACAAGGUUUUGUCCAAGGAAAAUGCGGGAAAUAUGUUUUUUUCGCCGCUCAGCCUGCAAGUGGCACUUGCGAUGGCUGCGGUUGGCGCCGCUGACCAUUCCAAGACCUUCAAUGAGAUGAAAGCAUUGCUGAGAUUUCCCGAUGACAAGUCCAAAAUGCUUUCCAGCUACAGUUUGCUGUCUGAUGCUCUUACCAAUUCAGAUGUGAUGAAAAUGGCAAACAGAAUAUACAUCGACAAGAAGUUCAAAGUGAAGCCAGAAUAUUUGGAAACGACACAGAAGUAUUUCAAAUCUGAUGCCAAGGAAGUUGACUUUGAGAAGAACGCUGAUAACGCAGGACAAGAGAUCAAUGGCUGGGUAGAACAGCAGACUAACAACAAAAUCAAGGGAUUGAUUCCCGAAGGAGCUCUAAAACCGGGUACUGUGAUGGUACUUAUCAAUGCCAUCCAUUUCAAAGCCGACUGGAAGUAUGCAUUUGAAGCGAGAUUAACUAAGAAGGAGAAAUUCUAUCUUGAUGAGACCAGAACUGUUGAUGUGGACAUGAUGAACAUUAAGAAAGAGUACAAUUUCUUCCACGAUACACAGCUGAAAGCUAAAUUUUUGGAGAUGCCUUACAAGGGAGAUGAGUUCAGUAUGAUUCUCGUGCUCCCCGACUCGAAAACCGGUCUCCCUGACUUGGAAAAGGCAAUCACCAACCAGAACUUUGAUCUGACCAAGAAGAUCGAAAAUAUCCAGAACUCUAGCCCCGUCAGCGUCAUGGUUUCCAUUCCGAAAUUUGAAAUGGAAUCAACUCAUAACCUGGAAGAAACUUUAAAAGAGCUUGGUGUCGAAGAGAUGUUCAGCGAUAAAGCGAAUUUCUCGAACAUCAACUCGGAAAAUAACAUUAAAGUUUCGAAAGUGAUCCAGAAGGCCUUUGUGUCUGUCGAUGAGAAGGGAACCGAGGCUGCCGCGGCUACUGGUAUAGGUGUCAUUCCCAUCAGCGCCGUCAUUCCUCUGCCCUCCUACAUCUUUCAAGCUGACCAUCCUUUUCUAUGCCUGAUAACCAAGAAAAUGUCCGUUAGAAAGAACUUGGUGCUAUUCAGUGGAAAAUUGUCUGGAAUUGAAGAGCAAAAUAAACAAUAAUACUGUAAUUAUUGGCUUUGGAAAAAUCUGGAUAUACUUCUCUCUUUACAAUUGUAGCCUAACAAUUUCAAUAUCAAAGUUAAAAAAUGACGACGAGUUUAGAAUGAUUUCUACGUAUUUUGUAAAUUCUAAAACUAAAGUAUGAAAGUGGAAAGUGUAUAUUUUUGAAAAUGAGAAAAUUUCUGAGAUCAAUAAAAUUACAAAUUGAUAGCCUAAUAUUUGAUAUAUACUCAUACACAUCCAUAUCGUAGGCCUAAAUGUACUAUAAUUUAUGUUAAUUGUUGGUACCUGCUGUGGUGUAUUGAUCCGAUCAAUAUUAAUCAGGAGUGCUCACAGAGGAGGAGGGGGAUUUGGACGCAGACUGCGUCUUUGAAACUCUUUGUGGGGGGAGAGAGGCACAAAAUCAAAUCUUGUGGUGGGAGGAUCCAACAAAAGAUCAUCUCUGUUCAAGAUGACUAUUGACGACAAUAAUUUUUCUGAGUUUACAAUUUUUUCAAUUCAAUUUCACUCACGACUGACAACUCUUUUUGCAAGGGUGCCUUACCUGUGAAGGGCUGUUUGAGAUAUUCGUGGGUCACCCCUGAAUUAAUUAUAGAGAUUAAUGUAUUUUGUUGUCAGUGCUGUUUACAUGCUUUGCAAGUUUGCUUAACAACAUCCAGUAAAAAAUGUCAUUUCAAUGUUAUUGUCAAUAUAAUAUACCAAGUUCAAAAAUCUAUCAAUACAGUUUUAUUUCAUGUUUUUAGCAUAAAAGUUAUUUCUAACUUGAUAUUGAAAUUUGAAAACUCUAUUAACAUUUGAAAACUUGAAAUUUUCAUAAAGACAAAACUUUUGGUGAAUGUGAGGAAAUUCAUAUCGAUAUUUGAAUUAUAUCAUUUUCAAUCAAGGAACAACAUCUUUUCUAAUUAAUAUAAUCCUUCUCAAUAUUAGUGAACCAGUAAAGUACACCAAUUACCAACUACAUAUACCCAAUAAUUUUUUUCUUCAAUUAUUUUUCCAGCUCAAAUUGGCUCCGCCCAUUUAAAAAAAACCAUAUAAAAAUUCCAGUAUUAUGUAAUUGCUGCACAUAGUUUUACAUAUUAUUUUACAUGUUUUAUUUUCUGUUUCUGCAGCUAUAAUAUUCGGCGCAUACUCCAGUUCAUAUGAACCAGUUCCACCACCAACCUUUGAGUUCCAUGCUGAUCAUCCUUUCCUAUGCCUGAUAACAAGGAAAAUGGCAGCCACUAACUUCCUCAUUUUCAGUGGAAAAUAUGUUGGAAAUUAAAGCAAGAUUACUCUUGCAUGAAUUUAUGAAAAUAAUUAUUGUUCCAAUAAUUAUAAAUUGAUUGAAAAUGAGAAUAUUAAAUAACAAAAGGUUUGGUUUGGGAUUACGGGACGUAUUGUAAGAAAAAUCUGAAAAUCUACAUUUACAGACUAUACAAAUUGUAGAUGCAAUACAGUAUUCUAUAUAUUUACUGUAUAAUUAAUUUUAUAAUCUAACAAAUUCCAUGAAAAUUCAAUAAUUAUAUUACUGAACCCAUUUGGACAAAUGAUUGAUAAAAACGAAGAAUAAUGUAAGUGUUACCAAAAAUAAUUUGUAAUAAGUGUACAUUCAACCGACAAUGACAAUAUAAUUAUUUAAUAAU